AGCCCCCCUCUCCCCUGAUGCGCACCGCUCAGGUGGGUGGGGCGUGCUGGGGGCCGCCGAAGGACGGCGGGUCGCGAAGGGACGGAGUCACCGGCGGCCGUCGCCGCCCGUUGCCUGUCGCCACCCGGCUCAGCCUGCUCCGCUCCGUCCUGCUAUGGCGGCCGCUGUCGCGGGGCUCCGUGCCUCCUACCACCGCCUGCUCGACCGCAUCGAGCUCAAGCUGCCGCCGCGGCUCCGGCCCUUUUACAACCACCCAGCAGGUCCCAAAACAGUGUUCUUCUGGGCACCUGUUAUGAAAUGGGGUUUGGUAUGUGCAGGAAUGGCUGAUAUGACCAGACCAGCAGAAAAGCUGAGCACAGCACAGUCUGCAGUAUUAAUGGCCACAGGCCUUAUUUGGUCAAGGUACUCUCUGGUUAUUAUUCCUAAAAACUGGAGCCUGUUUGCUGUGAACUUCUUUGUUGGCUGUGCUGGUGGUUCUCAACUCUUCCGAAUAUGGAGGUAUAAUCAGGAGCUAAAAGCAAAACAACAAGGGCAAUUGCAGCAAAAGGAUGCUUAACCCUACAGCCCAAACCCAGCUACGCACAAACCCUUCCCAGUGGGACCUAGCUUCACUAAUUUUAAUAUUUUUCCUCUAAUGAAAGAAGAAAUCUAAGUGUCUGGAGAGCAAGAGUUUUUCUAAGUGCAAAUAACAAAGUAACUCUAUGCAUUUAAAUAAAGUGCAGCCUUUUAAAUUUAAGUAAA